GUUAAUGAUGCUAAUUUAACCGAGAUCCAAGCCUGGAUCAGAGGUCCAGAUAGUACACCCUAUGAAGAAGGAUAUUUCAAAGUAAAGCUAAAUAUAGAUGAAGGAUUCCCUAAUACACCGCCUAAAGGCUAUUUCAUAACAAAGAUAUUUCAUCCAAACGUAUCUUCAGCUGGUGAAAUUUGUGUAAAUACAUUAAAAAAGGAUUGGAAAUCAGAACUUGGGAUAGAGCAUAUUCUGCUGACGAUUAAAUGUCUUUUGAUUGUGCCAAAUCCAGAAUCAGCAUUAAAUGAAGAAGCUGGACGACUUUUAUUAGAACAAUAUGAAGAUUAUGCAAAACGAGCACGUUUAUAUACAUCUAUUCAUGCUAAAUCAGGAAAAACUGAAUUUUGGAAUUUGUCAAGGGAAGAAUCACAAGAUCAAGAAAAUGAU